ACCUAGUCCUCUCUUCAAUCUCUUAUCAUCAUCAAGAAUUGAGAAUCGAGAACUAGAUCGUUUCUUCAAAGAACACAGAUAAUUCAGACGACUCUUGUUCCUCGGCUCGAAGCCAGCAAGGGAUCUUGAGCAUAUCGACAUAGCCGUAGUCAUGAACCGCAGAAGGAAUGUACCGCCCGCACCGCCGGUUUUCCAACUGCUAUCAGAUCGUGAGGACCUCAGGCAGCAGUUCGCCUACAUCGGUCUAGCAGGCGGCCCAUCCAGAGCGGCUCGUUCUGCCGCAGACCAACUGGCAGUCACCAUCAGAGAUUUGGACAUGGAGUUUACGAGUAAUGAGCUGGAAUCUGCUUUCAAAUUCUACUCAAUCCACAAGAGCGCGAGCGAGGGGCCUUGCAAUCGGUACGGCAACAUCUUCGCAUUCGACCGUACGGCAGUGUCUGCUUCAGUCGGAACAACUCCAGAAUCCGACGCAGAUACAGGAAAAGGCCUCUACCUAAAUGCCAACAUCGUCGCUGAUGGCAAGGGCAGCUGGUGGGCAGCUUCUCAGGCGCCGACUCCACAUACGUUCAAUACGUACUUCCAUGCCAUACUUUCAAGAUCGGCUACGAGACGGCACGACGCCUUGUUCCCAUCUGCUGAGGCUGCGAGCGAGGGCGGCUCGACGAGACCAAAGGUCGCCAUGAUCGUUCAGCUCACUGGAUGGUUCGACGGCAAAGUAGCGAAGGCAGACAAUUAUCUGCCAAAAUUGGGAAAACCUGCGAUCUUCCAUCCGCCACACGGUAUCUCUUCAUCACCGAUCGAGCUAGCACUUAUUGAUGCUCAGCCUGACCCUCAAAUGACGCGAUCGACGCUUCGGCUUAGCUCUGAUGGGGGCGAAAGCAUGACGCUUCAUCACUUCCUGUUCCACGCCUGGCCGGAUCAUGGCGUUCCCACGACCAACGAGGAUAUCAAGGCGCUCAAGCAGCUGUUGAACACUACGUCCGAAUUGCAACGAGAGGAACAAUGCGAGAUUUACGUCAAUUGUUCAGCGGGUAUUGGAAGGACAGGCACAUUCAUCGCCUUGUGGUCACUACUCAAGCCGCCGAUGUUCGUCGAUCCGGCUUUUCGGAUGAAACCGCGAUCAGCAUUGAAGCCUCUACCGAGCUGGGCUUCGGGUGACGAGGUCGCCGAGACAGUCGAUACGCUGAGAGAGCAGCGAGGGAUGAUGUGCCAAACACAAAGCCAGAUCGAGUUCAUCUAUUGGAUGACGGGAUUGAAACCGGCACGACCGUGAUCGAGUGGACCUCUCGACCUGUAGCGUAGUAUGCUAGUUGCCAUUGUGAGACGUUGUAUAAUUACACGAGAUCUGAGAAUGACAUCUAGCGUGAACGCGAU